AUCAACCUAAGUGACAGCCGUUUUGGACCCCCGUUUUGACUCGCUGCUUUGCGCACCCGGGGAGCACGCGGUGCCCGGGGCACGGCGCGGCCGUUUCCGGCUGACGCCCGGGCGCGGCGGGCUUGGCGGUGCGCGGGGCCACGCCGCGUUUUCCUGGCUGCGGUGCCAUUGAGACCCGACCAUCACCAGCGAACCACACAAACAUGCAACCGUUAGGAACUCCACGGAGCGUCGUCGACAGCUCUCGCGAGAAGUUGUGAGAUCCGGUUGCUGCCCCUCUUUACGCAGUUGCCACGGUAACCGGGCGGCGACGGCGCGGGCCGCAGGAGGUGUUGGUUCAGCUUUCCCUGCUGGCUCGGGGGACUUCUGGAGCGGGCCUCUUUGAGCUUUCGGGCCUAGAACCCACGCCCUCUGCUCCGGGGUUCUGGGGGCAAUGGGCCAGAUCUCAGAACUCGUGCCCUCACGCUUCUUGACGCUCUUGGCACAUCUGGUGAUCGUCAUCACCUUAUUUUGGUCCCGGGACAGCAACGUCGAGGCCUGCUUGCCUCUCGCCUACACCGCCGAGGAGUAUGAGAAACAGGACAUUCAGUUGGUGAUUGCUCUUUCUGUCACCCUGGGCCUCUUUGCAGUGGAACUGGCUGGUUUCUUAUCAGGAGUUUCCAUGUUCAACAGCACCCAGAGCAUCAUUUCCAUAGGAGCUCACUGUAGUGCAUCUGUGGCCCUUUCCUUUUUCAUAUCUGAGCGUUGGGAAUGUACCACAUACUGGUAUAUUUUUGCCUUUUGCAGUGCCCUCCCAGCUGUCACUGAAAUGGCAUUAUUUAUCAGUGUCUUUGUGCUGAAAAAGAAACCUUUCUGAUCACCUCAUAACGGAACUUAGACGUGAAGGCUCAUCCCUGGAAGAAGGAAAGCAAAGGCUUAAAUCUUCCUAAAAUUUUAUUUGUUAAUGAACUUCAGUAUUAGGAUAAACUCUUUUGAUCUGGGAUUAUCAGCAUGUAUACUUAUUUUUUUGUUUAAAUAAAAUGUGUAUUCCUGCCCACCCCCUCCCCCCCAAACACACACACUUGGGAGCCACACCCGGCUGUGUUCAGGGCUCACUCUUAGCUCUGUGCUCAGAGCUCACUUGUGGAUGGACUUGAAGCUAAAAUAUAAUUCUAUAGUAAAAUCAAGACAUACAAGUAACAGACAAAAGACACCAAGGUCCAGCGGUGUCCCCACUCGAACUUCUCCACAGCAAAGGGCCCAGAUGCACAACUCCUGAACUCUGCAUACCUCCACAGCAUUCCAGUGCGAUAGCACAGCAAACCCGGUGGGGAAGAUGCAUAGAAGCCCACAGAGCUCAUGAAUGAGAACAACACAGCCGGCGUAAGCAGCACCAACCAAGUCAAUAAGUCUUCAAACAAUAACUUUAGUGACACUAUUAUGAAUAUGUUUAAUGAGAUCAAAGAAAUAAUUGCACAGGUAGUCUGCAAAGCCAAAAGUGCAGAAGAAUGAGUGCUGAAAUGAGAAAACUACGAGCAAAAAUGAAGUGCAUGUAGGUGAUUAAAGAACUCAAUAAAGGGACUGGAGAUAGUACAGUGGGUAACUUUGCUCAUGGAAGACCCAGGUUUGAACUGUGUCUCACUGGUGGACCACUAGGAGUUACCAGGGACCCCAUAUGGUCCACCAGGAGUGGUCCCUGAGUUAUAGAGCCGGAAUAAUCCUUGAGCACUGCUGGGUAUGGCAUCAAAACAAAGUAUUUUGGGGGUUGGAGAGAUAGUAUAUCGAGUAGGACUCUUGAUUUCGUGAAGCCUGAGUUUGGUCCCAGGCAAAACAAAACUGCUCAGCACAUAGUAUUGAAUAUGGCAUUCACUCAUGGUGCUUAUGGUUGCCCUCUAUUAUAUAUAUAUUUUUGCUUUUUUUUUUCUUUUGGAGGGGGGUCACAUCUGGCGAUGCACAGGGGUCACUCCUGGCUCUGCUCUCAGGAAUUACCCCUGGCAGUACUCAGGGGACCAUAUGGGAUGCGGGUAGGGCAUUUGCCUUGCACCUGGCUGACCCAGGUUCGAUUCCCAACAUCCCAUAUUGUCCUCUGAGCACCAUCAGGAGUGAUUCCUGAGUGCAGAACCAGGAGUAACCCCUGAGCAUCGCCUGGUGUGACUCAAAAAGAAAUCAGUGAAUUAAAAGUUUUAUUAAUGACAUUGUAAUGCUACCUGUGGUGUACUCGAUAUGCCAAAAACAGUAACAACAAUGUGUGGGGUCCCGUCCUGACCAGCAGGGAGGACCCUUUGUGGGACUGAGAAGGGGACACAGCGGAAUGAACAGACCAAGACACAGAGCCAGAAAGCAGCAAGGAGAAAAAGAGAGUUUAUUCUACUAGCAGCUACUAUUUAUACCUUUUCUGCUGGGGGGAAAUGGUGUCUGGAUCCACAUACAAAUGCAUAUUGACGUGUCCUUUUGUUACAGGCAUAGGCUAUUGAGAAACAAAUGGCGACCAUAGUGGCAACCUUGCUACAAGCCUCUGUUAGAAUCAGAGAGCCAGGCUGUCUGACUAGGAGAGAAGAGCCAGGCUUGUAAAGCGGCUCCCUACAACAAUGGUUUUCAUUUCCCUGAUCCUGAAAGAGCCCCCAAUAUGCCAUCAAGCUACACUAGCACGUGACAUGGACAAAUGGAGACGUUACUGGCACCAGCUUGAGCAAAUUUAUGAACAAGGGGAUGAUUGUGAUAGUGAUAUUAAUGACAAAGAAGACAGGAUUAUUACCAUAAUCAGACACAAAUACAAAAUAAAAGAACAUAACAUAUUUUAGAUACCAAAGUUGAAAACUUAUGUUACUGGCACCAGCUUGAGCAAAUUUAUGAACAAGGGGAUGACUGUGAUAGUGAUAUUAAUGACAAGACAGGAUUAUUACCAUAAUCAGACACAAAUACAAAAUAAAAGAACAUAACAUAUUUUAGAUACCAGAGUUGAAAACUUAUGUAUCUAAAUGAGAGUAGGCUAUGUUUGUUUUUGUUUUGGGGCCAAUAAAAAAACACCUGGCAAUGCUGGGUUGGGGGGUAUUACUCCUAGCUCUGCACUCAGAGAUCACACCUGUGGUGCUCCCAGACCAUAUUGGGUUGCCAGAGAUCAAACCCGGGCCACCAUGUGCAAGGCAAGCACCUUACCUACUAUACUCUCUCCAGUUCCAGCAUUUAUAUUAUAUUGCAUUAAAUGAUUUUAAUUUUUUUAUUUACAAUAGGUUAAUAGGUGCAAUCAGUCACCACAAAUUGACCUAUUUUCUGAUUUUCAAAUGCAAUUUCUCUGCAUUUGCCAGUUUUCUUAAGUUUUGUUGGAGCAAGUAAUAUCAACUAAAUUUGUUUUGUGACUACUAAGGUCGCAAGCUGGGGAUAGGGAGGGAAACUGGGACGCUGGUUAAAUGAAGUUCACAUCAGGUGGAUUUUGUUUUAGAACAUUGUAUGCCUGAAACAUUGUAUUAUGAAUAAAUUUAUAAAUCAUGUUUUAAAAAUUGUUUUAAAUUAUUUUUUAUUGAAUCACUCUGGGAUCCUUACAAAGCUGUUCAUGAUUAGGUUUCAGUCAUACACUGUUCUAACGCCCAUCCCUCCACCAGUGUACAAUUUCCCAACACCAGUGUCCCCAGGUAAUCAUGGUGUUUUAAUUUAAAAAAAAAUUCUAUUUUUUUGGGGGGGGAUUAAAAAAAAAUUCUUAAAGAUACAUAAAUAUGAGGGAGAAAGUGUGGCCAAACUGCUGGAACAACGGAAAGCCGACUUUGCAGAUCUUGAGCUAUUAUGUAUCGCUUUUAUUCAGUUAUUACGGUAGAAUCCUGGCAGUCGGAAGGGGGCGGAAUUAUGUAAAAUGUAGGACGCUGAGGCCCGCUGGUCCCUAGUGAGUGAAGCAUUGUGGGAGAAGUUAGCUUUCGAUUUUUUUCGCAGCCAAGAGGAAGAAAUCUAUUUUUAACAUUCUCAAAUAGAGGCAGAAAUAAUAACGGGGACAAGUAACUGAAUUUAGUUUGCCGAGGUAACCCGUUUUAUUCUCGCCGUAACUGAAAGCUGCAUCCUUUCUACUGAGUUCGGAAUGCCGGAUUUCUCCUGGCUCUGCACUCAGGAAUGACUCCUGGUGAGGUGAGGGGGCCACUAUGGACGCCAGAGAUGGAACCCAGGUGGACUAUAUGCAAGGCAAGUACCCGCUCUGGCCCCAUAUUUGAUAUUUAUUGAACAAAACUUAAUUUUUGUUUGUUUGUUUUGGGGAGGUUUGUACCCAGCAAUGUUAUUCCCAGUAGUGCUCAGGAGACGUGUGGUGCUGAGAAUCAAAGCUGGGCCUCCAGAAUGCAAAGCAUGCACUCUUGCACUCUAUCCUUUGUGCUAUCUCUCCUGCCCAAAAGGUGUGUGUGUGUGUGGGGGGGGGUGUUUGAGGGGACACAUCAGGCAGUGCUCAGGGUUUACUCCUGGAUUUGUGCUUAGGGAUCACUCCUAGUAGGGCUCAGGUGCUAUAUGCAGUGUUGGGGAUUAAACCCAGAGAAGCUGCCUGCAAGACAGUUUUACCUACUAUCUCUUUGGCACUUGCAUUAUUUAUGUAUUUUUUUCUCUUAGUUUUUUGCUUACAUAUAUGAGUACAACUAAUUUUUCUGUGUUGAUUUUGUAGCCUGACACUUUCUGGUACUGGUAUAUUGUUUUUAAAAUUGUUCGUGGGGGAAGAUAAGCUUUCAGAAUUUUCUAUAUAUUUAUCAUGUCAUUUGUAAUAGUAAUAGUUUAGGUUUUCUUUUCCAAUUUUGAUCUGUUAGCUAAUUGCUGUUAUUAGGGCUGCUUCUUCUCCUCUCCAUCUGGCUUUUGGGCAACACCUUAUUUUUGCUUAGGUGCUCUUCCUGGCUUUGUGCUCAGGGGACACUCCUGGCCAUGCUUGGAGGACCAUCGGUGGUGUCAGGGAUUGAACCCAGUUAGGUGUGUGCAGGGCAAGUUCAUUACUUCCUGUACUAUCUCUCCAAUCCCUGAAGUUUUCUUUGUGUGUAUGUAUUCUAUUUCUGCCUACUUUUGGUAUCAAGGCAAUGUUAAACUUCAUAAAACAUUUUUUAAAUUUUGCUUUUUUUUUCUUUUUGGGUCACA